UCCUUUUGAAUACAUGAUCCUGGCCAGUAUCAUUGCCAACUGCAUCGUCCUGGCCUUGGAGCAGCAUCUUCCAGGAGAUGACAGAACACCCAUGUCAAAGAGACUGGAAAAGACUGAGCCAUACUUUAUAGGGAUCUUCUGCCUUGAGGCGGGGAUUAAGGUCAUCGCCCUGGGUUUCGUGUUCCACAAAGGCUCCUACCUGCGGAACGGCUGGAACGUGAUGGAUUUCAUUGUGAUUCUCAGCGGGAUCCUGGCGUACGCUGGUGCUUACAUCAACACACGUGUGGACUUGAAGACACUGAGAGCAGUCAGAGUGCUUCGGCCACUCAAACUCGUCUCAGGCAUUCCCAGUCUACAGAUCGUGCUGAAGUCCAUAAUGAAAGCCAUGAUUCCUCUGCUGCAGAUCGGGCUGCUCCUGUUCUUCGCCAUUCUCAUGUUUGCAAUCAUUGGCCUGGAGUUCUACAGUGGCAAGUUGCACCGGACUUGCGGCCUUCGGGCCAACCUGACAGAUUUGAAAGAUUUUGAAGCCCUUGAUGAGUCGGAGUUGGACUUCCCCUGCCGAGACAAAGGCUGUCCCGAGAACUAUGAAUGCAAUAAGCCCUGGAUCGGUCCUAACAACGGGAUCACGCAGUUUGAUAACAUCCUGUUUGCUUUGCUGACUGUCUUCCAAUGCAUCACUAUGGAGGGCUGGUCCACAGUCCUCUACAAUACCAAUGAUGCCUUAGGCCCAACCUGGAACUGGCUGUAUUUCAUCCCUCUGAUCAUCAUCGGAUCCUUUUUCGUGCUAAACCUUGUGCUGGGGGUCCUGUCUGGGGAGUUUGCCAAAGAGAGGGAGAGAGUGGAGAACCGGAGGGCGUUCAUGAAGCUGAGGAGACAGCAGCAAAUUGAGCGCGAGCUGAAUGGGUACCGAGCCUGGAUUGACCGAGCAGAGGAAGUAAUGCUAGCAGAAGAAAAUAAAAAUUCAGCCACGUCGGCAUUGGAAGUGCUGCGGAGAGCUACCAUCAAAAAGAGUCGCAUGGAGACGAUUCCCCGGGAACCCAGCGAGGACCAGUAUGCUGACAUCUCAUCUGUGGGUAUCCCCCUGGCCAGAGCCAGCAUUAAGAGCACUAAACGGGAUGGCACCUCGUAUUUCCGUCGGAAGGAGCGCCUGCUGAGGAUCUCUGUGCGCCACAUGGUGAAAUCCCACACCUUCUACUGGAUCGUGCUGAGCCUGGUGGCCUUAAACACACUGUGCGUGGCUAUUGUGCAUCACAACCAGCCGCAGUGGCUCUCCACGUUCCUCUACUAUGCAGAGUUCCUCUUCCUGGGCCUGUUUCUCACCGAGAUGUUCUUAAAGAUGUACGGCCUGGGACCACGGCUCUACUUCCACUCCUCUUUCAAUCGCUUUGAUUGCGGAGUUAUUGUCGGCAGUAUAUUCGAAGUGAUCUGGGGAUUUUUCCGGCCGGGAAUGUCUUUUGGAAUCAGCGUUAUGCGGGCUCUACGUCUGCUGAGGAUUUUUAAAAUUACAAAGUACUGGGCGUCGCUGCGGAACCUGGUGGUGUCUCUCAUGAGCUCCAUGAAAUCCAUCAUAAGCCUGCUCUUCCUGCUCUUCCUCUUCAUCUUGGUCUUCGCUCUGCUGGGGAUGCAGCUCUUUGGGGGCAGGUUUAUUUUUGAAGACACUCCAACAAACUUUGAUACGUUCCCUGCAGCAAUAAUGACAGUGUUCCAGAUCCUGACGGGAGAGGACUGGAAUGAGGUGAUGUACAAUGGGAUUCGUUCUCAUGGAGGAGUCAAGUCUGGCAUGUGGUCCUCUAUAUAUUUCAUUGUUCUGACGCUCUUCGGCAACUACACACUGCUCAAUGUGUUCUUGGCCAUCGCGGUGGACAAUCUAGCCAAUGCUCAGGAGCUGACUAAGGAUGAGCAGGAGGAAGAAGAGGCCUUCAACCAGAAGCACGCCCUGCAGAAAGCAAAGGAAGUCAGCCCCAUGUCAGCAACAAACAUGCUGGCUUCAGAAAGGGAGAGAAGAAGGAGGCUCACAAUGUCAGUUUGGGAGCAGAGAACCAGCCAGCUGAGGAGGCGAAGGCAGAUGUCCAGCAGAGAGGCUCUGUACUCCAGCCCGACCGAGGAGCCAGAGAGGGGAGCCAGCUGCCACCGACACAGGAAGACUGAGAGCCUUUGCAGAGAUCCUGUGGUCCCAGACAUACAGCCACUACCCCUGCAAAUGCCAAUGCCACUGCCAGGCCCUGAAGAGACACUGGGGGUGACCAACCACUGCCAAGCACGCAGCAAGGAGGGCCACCAGAGCCCCAGAGCAAAUGGAGAGAGAGGAAACCGGGCAAGCCGCAAGGCCCACGGCCCCCUGUCUGAGGGGUUAGCCCCUGAAGAGGGGGUGAGGGUGAGGAGGAGUGGGCGGCACCAGCGGAAGGAGAGGGGAGAGGGAAAGGCCAAGGACUCCUCUCACAGUGAAGGCAGCCGCUCCGUCAGCAGAGAGAGAAGAACAGAAGAGGGAAGAGGAUGGGGAGGUGGAGGAGAGGCAGGGGAGCCCAAGGUCCCGGGGGGAAGGACGGAAGAGGACAGUGGGAGCAGAUCACUGGAAGCUGUGGCAGGUUUCCCUGACCCCCUGCCUGUGACAAACUCCCCCAGAGCAGCGGAGCAGGACAGCACCAGAGCUGCCCUGCAGCAGAGUGGGGAGCAAGCAGGGAGCACAGCUCCUGCGGACACUGCGGUGGAGAUCGAGCCCGAGAUAAACCCCAGCCUGCUGAACCUCGUGAAACCUGCGGGCCAGACCAGCAUGGCCGUCGAGGUGACUGACACACACACGCCACUGGAGCUGCUGCCCAUCACAGUCAACAGCAAGGAAGCAGAAGCCUCGAUUGCAGUGAAUGCAGAGGGGGGGCUGAGUGGAGCGAGAACCGUCCCACCACACAGCAUGUUCAUCUUCAGCGCCUCCAACCCUAUCAGAAGAGCCUGCCACUACAUUGUAAACCUGCGCUACUUUGAGAUGUGCAUCCUCCUGGUCAUCGUGGCAAGCAGCAUUGCCCUGGCAGCAGAGGAUCCUGUUUCCACUGGGUCCAAGUGGAACAAAGUGCUGCGUUACUUUGAUUAUGUUUUCACCGCUGUAUUUACCUUUGAGAUGAUUAUAAAGAUGAUCGAUCAGGGUCUGAUUCUACACGAUGGCUCAUACUUCCGAGACCUGUGGAACAUUCUGGAUUUCAUCGUGGUUGUGGGAGCACUCAUUGCCUUUGCUUUAGCGACUACCAAAGGACGGGAUAUCAAGACUAUCAAGUCUUUGAGAGUUCUACGCGUCCUCCGACCCCUGAAGACCAUCAAGAGACUGCCAAAGCUCAAGGCAGUGUUUGACUGCGUGGUGACUUCUCUAAAGAACGUCUUUAACAUCCUGAUUGUCUACAAGCUCGUCAUGUUCAUCUUCGCUGUCAUCGCGGUGCAGCUCUUCAAAGGGAAGUUCUUCUACUGCACCGACGAGUCCAAGGACACUGAGAAGGAGUGCAGGGGCUACUACCUCGAAUUUGAUAAAGACAAAAUGGACAAGAUGGAGAGGAAGAAGAGGGAGUGGAAGCAUCAUGAUUUCCACUAUGACAACAUCAUCUAUGCACUCCUGACCCUCUUCACUGUCUCCACCGGGGAAGGUUGGCCGCAGGUCCUGCAGCACUCAGUGGAUGUGACGGAGGAGGACCGUGGGCCGAGUCGAGGGAACCGCAUGGAGAUGUCUAUCUUCUACGUGGUCUAUUUUGUGGUAUUCCCCUUCUUCUUCGUAAACAUCUUCGUGGCUCUGAUCAUCAUCACUUUCCAGGAGCAGGGGGACAAGAUGAUGGAGGAGUGCAGCCUGGAGAAGAACGAGAGAGCCUGCAUUGACUUUGCUAUCAAUGCCAAGCCCCUGACGCGCUACAUGCCUCAGAACAGGCAGACCUUUCAGUACAGAGUCUGGCACUUUGUCGUGUCGCCCUCCUUCGAGUACACUGUGCUGACCAUGAUCGCCCUCAAUACCGUGGUGCUCAUGAUGAAGUAUUACUCAGCUCCUGCUGCCUAUGACCACGUACUGAAGCACCUGAACACUGCAUUCACCAUCCUCUUCUCACUGGAGUGCAUCUUGAAAAUCAUGGCUUUUGGAUUUUUGAACUACUUCCGGGACACGUGGAACAUAUUUGACUUCAUCACGGUCCUGGGCAGCAUCACUGAGAUCAUCCUGGCCGACACGCAGCUGCUCAACACAUUCAACAUGAGUUUCCUGAAGCUGUUCCGCGCUGCCCGACUCAUCAAACUCCUGAGACAGGGCUACACCAUCCGCAUCCUGCUCUGGACAUUCGUACAGUCCUUCAAGGCUCUGCCAUAUGUAUGCCUGCUGAUAGCAAUGCUCUUCUUCAUAUACGCAAUUAUCGGAAUGCAGGUAUUUGGGAACAUCAAGGUGCAGAACAAUUCUCAGAUCAACCACCAUAACAACUUCAGGACCUUCUUCAGCGCGCUGAUGCUUCUGUUCAGGAGUGCCACGGGUGAAUCCUGGCAGGAGAUCAUGCUGUCCUGCACAGCAGGGAAGCCAUGUGAAACCCACAACGGCAACAGCAGCAGCAGCUCUGUCACCAGCGAGACCUGCGGCACGGACUUUGCAUACUUCUACUUUGUCUCCUUCAUCUUCUUCAGCUCCUUUCUGAUGCUAAACUUGUUUGUGGCUGUCAUCAUGGACAACUUUGAAUACCUGACUCGAGACUCCUCCAUCCUGGGGCCUCACCACCUGGAUGAGUUUGUGCGAAUCUGGGCAGAGUAUGACCGGGCUGCAUGUGGAAGAGUUCACUAUAAGGAGAUGUACAAAAUAAUGCGAUCGAUAUCGCCUCCUCUGGGCUUUGGAAAGAACUGCCCCUACAGGGUGGCCUGCAAGAGAUUGGUGCUGAUGAACAUGCCUGUCGAUGAGGAGAUGACAGUACACUUUACCUCUACUUUGAUGGCACUUAUAAGAACAGCCCUUGAAGUUAACAUUGCAAGAGGUGGAGAGGACAGGCAGCAGAUGGAUGCAGAGUUGCAAAAGGACAUCAGUUUGAUCUGGCCUCACCUUUCACAGAAGUCACUGGAUUAUCUGGUUCCGAUACAUAAAGCCAGCGACCUGACCAUCGGGAAGAUCUACGCAGCCAUGAUGAUCAUGGACUACUAUAAACUGAACAAGGCCAAGAAACAGAGGCAACAGCUGGAGGAGCAGAAACAUGCCCCAAUGUUCCAGCGCAUGGACGCCUCGUCCCUCCCUCAGGAGAUCCUCUCCAGCGCCAAGGCUCUGCCAUUCCUGCAGCACAGCCCCAGCACUGGCCUGGGAGAAUUCGUGGCGCUCAGCCCCCUGUCCCCUCAGGAGAGGUUUGUGAGUCCCAGGUCUCCCGACCUCCACAGGAGAGAAGACUUCCAGGAGCACCACACUCUGAUGUCCGAGCGGAGGGAGUUGCCUAGGCAGGUUUUCCCAAGUAACAGACAGUGUCUCCCCUUGGAAGUGCCGGGGCGGGGCAUUUCACUACGAGCCUCUUCCAUGCCUCGACUAGCAGUGGAACCACAGGUGAUGACAGACAGCAGCUCGAUGAAACGCUCCUUCUCCACGAUCGGAGCCCAGCGUGUGAACGGGCUGUGGCUGGACGAGUACUCACUGGAGAGAGUGGGUCCUGCCGAGCUGCACAGACAGCAGCACCGGAGCUACCGGCCGCCUGGUUUAAAGUCAGAGCACCGCCAAGCUUGUGACCGGGAGCGGGGCCGGUCUAAAGAGCGCAGGCACCUGCUAUCUCCAGACGUGUCCCGCUGCAACUCAGAGGAGAGGAGCCCCUCGGGACAGCCCCCCAUCCGGGAGAGAGUGCAGUCCAGAUCCCCGAGCCAGGGCCGAGCACGCACCAUCCACACACAGGGCCCCAGCUCGGACAGCCCAGUCCCCUCCACCUCAGAGUCCAGCACUCCCAAUCAUGGGCGUCGCCAGCUGCCCCAAACCCCCUCCAAACCCCGGCCCCACAUCUCCUACUCGCCCCUGGUGCGCCGCUCCGCCAACCCCUCCCCCCCAGCCAACGGCAGCACCCCACGGACCCGAGAGCCGACCGCCACUGGGGGACAGUGUGCUGGGGAAGGCCAGAGCAGCCAUCGCUCCACACCUCACCGCUACAUCUCCGAGCCCUACCUCCCUCUGCACGAGGACUACAACAGCCCCGAUUCAGCCGGAGCCGACGAGACCUUGACCUUUGAGGCUGCAGUGGCCACCAGCUUCGGGCACUCCAACACUAUCAGCUCAGCCCCUCCACAUAGGCACAGCUGGCAGGUCCCCAAUGGGCACUUCCGCAACCGGCUCACCCAGUCCAGCUCAGUGACCGGCUGCGAGCUCUUUAGCGACACGGAUGAGGACGAUCGCUGCUAGGGGCUGCUGCUGCUACCUACAGACAGGAAUAUUAAAGAACAUGGGGAACGUUCUAGAACAUUCCAAGAUUAGGAUGCUAAAGGGAGGGCCGUUGACGUUACAAUACAGCCACUAUGUUGUGAAGUACAUUUUUUGAAAGGAAUAACAAUAUAUGGUAGAGUCUACUUAGCUGAAUGCUGUUUUGGACAGAAUUUAUCAGCUAACCCGAGUAUUCACCUAACAGCAGUGUACCUCUAUUAUUAUGUCCAUUUUUUAAAUUAAUUGUUUCUGUAUGCUUAUUGUGGAAAUUCUUACUCUUGGAUAACAUACAUUUUACAAUAGGCAUUGUAAAGCUGCAUAACUGUACAAUUGUGCAAAACAACCUUUCAGCUAAACAGAAUAAUAUUGUAUUACAUAUAAAUAGCAAUGGUGCAUAAUACAAUUAUUCAGUUAAACAAUGUAAUCAGCUAAGUGACAGUAUAGUGGAGAGCACUCUAAGCAGGUAAUUUACUGGUUUGAGUAACAUCUAGCUAGUUUUAUCUAUUUCAUUAGUUUUAUUCCUUUCAUUAAAUGUACCUUUUCGAUUGCUUCAUAAUAGCACUAAAAAUAUUAGCGUGUGCCAAACUGAGAAAUAAAAAGGUAGAGAUCACAAGGGCUUGGGAAAGAAAAGUUGCAAAUAAAGUGCUAACUCUCACUAAUACUCAAUUUAAAACCACUUUGCUGUUCACCCAAUACCAAACGCACCUCGUAAUGAAUUAACAUGACGCUUCCGUGGUAGUGUGAUGAGUGUGCCUCUCUGUGUGUGUGUUCCCGUGCUCUAUUAAACCCAGAAGAGGUUCCUCUCAAUCUCUGAAACUCAACCUUGAAAACAAUGCCCCACAAUGAGAGCCGUGCCCAGAGACAGGUCACUGUAUAAUGAAGUUUAGCUACUGUAACAAAAUGGAUGAGCUGCCAGCAAUGGGAAAUCUCAUUCACUCACCAAUACAACACAGCAGUAUUGCACGGUUAAUAAUGACAGAUACAUCUGCUGUACAGUAAAUGUUUUUGUUACUGGAAGUAUGUUGUUCAAUUAGAGAAUGACAGACACUCGAUAUGACUCCCCCGCACUAUUGAAUCAACUGCUUUACCAAUGUGAUCAAUUUGAAUGAGUCCCAAUGUGAUCAUAGGAAGAGUUAUUCAAUGUGCUUCUUAUCAGAAGUUCCAUCCCGCAACAUGCCCCACCCACUUACACCCUGAACCCCAGGUUCAGCACUGUCUCUUGGGUCCCAGGCUGGAACUUGCCACAAGCUCUGUAGCAUGGAGAAACCUCUAAACAUCACAACGCUGAGGGUUAGCACUUUGUUUUACCGACCCCCUUCAGAUAAACAAGAGAGAGAGAAGACUCUCCAUAGGGAGCCCUGAUAUUCAAAUCUUUAAAUAAACACAGGGCUCUAUUUUGAGUGCAAAGGCAUUCUUAAAGGGGGAAAAAAACAUUGUAACAGCACAAUACUAGCAAGUAUACCAGACAGUGAAGGAGCAGUUAGUUGUUCUGAGAAGUUAUUUGCUCACUGAAUACUGUUAAAUUGAUUUUAUUCCUUUCAGAAAAUGUGUCCUUUUUUAAAUUAGGGCCCCACUAUCUUUGAAAAAUAAAGGCGAGAUGACGAGAUUUUAGGGGAGACGAAGCAGAGAAUACUAUUUCUGCAGUAGCACUGACAGUGAUCCAGACAGGUCCAGCUAGUUUCAGUAUUCAUGGCUGUAUAUAUUAUACAAAGGCUUGCCAUCAAAAGGGGGUCUGAUUACUCACGAAAAGCCUCUGUGGUCCAUUGUGUAAAAAAAUUAAUAAAUGGUAAAGGGAAAUGAGGGGGUUAUCAAUUACAUUUCUAUCAAUUUGUUUAUUGAGCACUGAAAAACAUUCGGUGGACUACAGUGUAGCUAUAUAGUGCUUUAGGCCAUGUGUCACGAUGCAUGAUCUCUGUUGCGAUAGGAAUCAUGUCACGCUGAGCUUGGAGACACUGAAAGGUACUCCCAGUAUAGAUCACAUUGGCAGUGGUGUCCGUUACCAUGUCCCUUGGUACUGUUGCAGUGCGUUGUGGAUUAAUGACCCGUUACUGUGGGAAGUUGCUUGUGAUGUUCUUGCAUCAGUGGUCUUUUGUGAACAUUUUCUUCUGACAACCACCAGGUGUCCCAUUAUUUUUAUGAAAAGACAGGAAGGUUAAUGUUUAGUUAAAUAAAAAAAAUAAAAAAUGAAGUAAAACCUUAUAAAUGGUUCAUACUUUUUUGUAGUGCCUAAUACUUGUUAAAUUAAUUCUGGCAUUCAGCAUAACUUCAACACCAAAAUGGUGAACACAAAAAAUAAACACUGUAUUAAACACUCGUCAUUUACUGAUUCUGGUUUUGCAUUAAGAUGUCACUUCCAGCAGUCCUCACAGUGUCUUCUUACUUAAACAAUGCUCUUCAUUCUAGACUAAAACCUAGUUUUAACUGAGCACUAAUAGCUUAAGCACCCUUUCACAUAUACUGCUCCUUACUACAGUCACAGUAAUCAGGGGCUCCUUUGUAUUUCAUGCAAGUUAAGUGACUCUGCAGUGACCUACAUUUAGUGAUGAGUAUGCAAACAGAAUAUUAAUUGUUAUCUUUAUCCAUGGUAUUUUAACAUGCUCCAUGUGAAGGAUGGUUAGCAGUGUGAUAAUUCAGCAGCUCUCAGACACCCUCUGCUGCAAUAGUACGCUAGUGUCCAGGGAACAUGGCAAUGAGAACCACUCGGUGGGGUUAUAUUGGGGUGAACCACGCCUUGACAUGCCUUGAUUGCUUAAGUGGAAGUCGCUAGCUAACCUUACUGUAGUCUUAACCACUGGCACUCCUCCAAACAGCUUUCUCAGAACCUCAUUUGAUAAUUGUUUGUUGUAACACAGUCGGUGGAUUUUGUGUUUGUUUUAAGUAAAAAAAAAAAAAAAAAAAGUUUCAUCCAAGGCUUUAAAAUCUAUUUAAUUAACGUUAAUAUUAUAACUGGUCCCCCUUCCUUUAAAGCAGUGCUAACCAAGGCUGGAAAAUGAAUGUCCUCAACUUAUUCCCAUCAGAAACAUCAUAGACAGUUUAGUAAAACCUGAGUCUUGGAAUUAUCUAAAUCUGCAUUAAUGUAAAAACAAGCAAUGAAAGAACAAGAAAGGGUGACCAGUACUAAUGUUCACGUGCAAAUACGAGAAAAGAAAAUGGAUUUGAAAGUCUCGGUUUGCACUUAGGUAGUCUGUGAUAAUGUUUCAAUUCUAAUAGUAGAUCAUACCAUGUAUUUCCAAACCUUGGUGGGCACUCUUUAGUUCCAAGAAAUAAUUACUUUUUGAAAAGAAUUUCAUCAGAUUGGAUGGCAUACUUUUGGACACUUAGGGACUUUUUCUUAUUAUUUUGUACAGGACAACAUUUCCAAUGGUUUGUAUAUAAUGGCUAUGGAAACUGCAUGUCUUAACUAUCUGCCAGAGCUUUGAAUUCUUGAGUCCUGAUGUACCUUUGCUUCCUCUCUGAAAGUGUGUAUGAGGUUUUAGGUUGUGUUGUUAUACAAUAUGUAAAUACUAACUUUUGUGUUAACGGAUUGAAAAUGUAUAAGAAAAAAGAAAAAAGCCAUGUUUCCUGUAAAUAGAAUGACCAUGUUAGGGGCUGAAAGAUGUAUUAGCAAUGGAUAAUGUACUGUACCAGUAACUGCCAUAUUAUCAGAGAUAUAUAACUGUGCUUUUUACAAGUGGAAUAUUUUGCUUAUGGGGAAUGGCCUUGUUGAUGUGUCAGUUUUUUGAGAGCAAAUUUCUACACAAUUUCCUUGUAAAUUAAAAAUAAAGCAAUUUAAUUGUGAUCAAAACAGGUUUGAAUUGGGGUGUUCAGAAAACAACCACCUGCCAUAACACUGUCAAUGGGAUGAAGGGUCACCAUGGGCAAGCACUGUUUUGACGUGGAAUCUGCGAAUCUGCAAAGUGUUUGUUCUAGAGGGAUAUUGACCAUUCUGCAAUGAAUACAGUGAGCACCUACAGUCUAUUAUAGUAUAUAGGAGUGAAUCUCACCAGGAAGAAGUUUUUAUAGCUUACAGGAUGCCUGUCAGGGAUCCAUUUGCAUUACAGAUCAGUCUGUUGUUUAAAGUAAAUGUUGCUAUAUAUGAAAGUUUCCUUUUGUUUUGCUUACCUUUUGUUUUGCGCACGUUUCAUCUUUUCUCUGCCGUGAUUUUUAGUCUCUUGCUCUCCAUUUGAACAUUAAAAAAUGAUAUAUCUCCCUUGCAACCAAA